AUGAAAGCACAAAUCACUCUCGCCGUCGUCUCCAUCCUCGCCGCGCUUUCGGCAGCCGGAGCAACGACCGGGUGGCAGCCGGUAAACGACCUGACGAGCGGCGGGAGCGUGAGGGAGGUGGCGGACUUUGCGGUGGCCACUCACAACCACUGGGUCCCGCUCCAUCAGCUGAGGCUGGUGCAGGUGGACACGGCGGAGCUCAAGGUGGUGGUCCCCAACGUGAAUGCGGUUUACCAGCUGGUGCUGACGACGGUCGACGGCGGCGUUGGUGGAGUCGGGACCCAGCAGUUCAAGGCGGUGGUUGGGGUUGUUACCUUGCGCUCGGGCCAGAACGUCAAGACGCUGCUCUCGUUUCUUCCUAAAUUGAUUUAG